AACAAACUCGUCUCACAACAUGUAUUCAUAAUCAUAAUGUAGACAGAUGAAUCAGAUAAAUUAAAUGAAUUUUCUCCAGCCUUUCAACUAUUGCAUGUAUCCAUAUAGACCUCCCUAUUAUUAUAAUUUGUAUCCAGAUAACAUCCAAGAAUAGAAUUCAUCCACUGCAACAUACAAAUCAGAAGUAAUAUCAUGGUAUCUAUUUUUUGAUUACUUUUUACAGGCUCUCUACACUGGAAUAAUCUGAAUUGUAUAAGCUAUUUCAGAUUAAAGGAUAAAUAAAAACCUUUCCAAUAAUGAAAAUGCACAUCUAUGACAAACUAAAUAACCCUUCUAAUUAUGCAUUACUUUAACAGUUAAUAUUAAAACUAUUUUUAGAGCAACCAUUAAUUUGGAGUCUAAAAUUGACGAUUAGUUCAUGAUGAAGUUCAAAGGGCUACAUCCCAAAGCAGAAGUACAUAAUAAGCAUUAUUCAUCAAGGAAUUGUAUUCUAAACUGAACAUAGUUGACGAUGAAAAUUUUAUGGAUACAAUUUUUGUUGCUGAGCCACAUUUAGAAAAUUUAAACUCCUUCUUGGAUUUAUUGCAUGACCUCUCUGAUAAAUAUUUUCUAUCCACAGCUCCAAAACCCAUAAUAGAAAAAGCAGAAGAUCCUAUUUGGUUUCAUUAGAACAGUUUUCAUAGUUGUGCAGCUUGGAUCAUCAAAGAAUUUGAAAAAAAUAUUUCCUUCCAUUACAAUCUUCAUAGAGAGAAAAAGAAAAAAUAGAGACUCUUUAGACAACCUAUCUAUAAGAAUACUUCGAGCGAACUCAAGGAAUUUUUUAUAUAAAAUCUGGCCAAUAAUAAGGAAAGAGUAUUAAUUUAAUAUAUAUUUAAGUUAACCUUCUAUUUUUAGGAAAUCUAUUCAGAAAUCAAAUAACAGCCUGAUCGUUUGGAAAAUAAAUUUUAUGAGAACAUCUUCUCAGGCACAGCAAUUAAAUUAUUGAAGUCCUAAGUAGAAUUGCUGUUGAACUUCUAACAAAAAUGUCACACUGACACAAACAUCAUUAACACAAUGUUGAUUACUUCAAUGAAUGAUUUAGUGGAUUAGAAAACAUACAUCUUGAAAAAGUUCUAUAAAAUAGUCCAACAGUUAUUUUAAGAACAUUUAGAAUAGGAAUUGUUUAAGACUGAAAUUUCAGAUAAAAAAUAAAAAAAAGAUAAGAAAAAGAAGAAAAAGAAAUUCUAAAAAAUGCAAACAUUCAAGGGAUUAGACCCUAUUGAAUUAAACAGAAGAUUGUCAAGCAAAAAUCUAUUGGAAUCAAAUAUCCUCAGGUUUCAAAGAUCCUACUCACAAAGCAAUCUAGCCUAUACAUAUGUGACUCCCCCUAACACUCCAUCAGCUUGGGAAACCAGUGACGAUUAAAAGUAAGCAUUAUUCUUAUACUAGUGAACACAACAAGGUUUCAAACACGUAAUAACAAUCAUCUAAAUUUUAAAGUGCUAACCAUCCAAAGAUCAACUUAAUAUAAACUGAAUAGCCAUUAAUAUCUCAAUAAUUCCAUACACAUCUUGAAAACCCUACUAAUGAUGACUAUGUUGAUGUAGGUCAAUCCAUUACAACCAAUAUAUUAGAAAUAGCAACUCUGUCAUUGAAUGAUGAGAAUUAAUUUAAGGAACAAUAUCUAAAAGACAAGAAGAAAGCCAAAAAAAAGUAAAAAGCCUUUUAAAAAUCAAUACCAGAAAGUAGAGAUGAACAACUCUAAUUAUAAUCACCACAAUCUGAAAUUACUAGAUUUUCAAUUGAAACUCAAGCAUAAACAAUUAAAAGUCAUUGUUCUAAUAGAACAUCUUCUACAUCUGAAGAGGAAGAAGCCAAAGAAUAAUCAAACAAAAUGAAGAAUUAAAUCAAAAUUAGAAAUAACAGUAAUGAAAAGUAGCAAAACAUUUAUAAAUUGAUUAAUUCCUUUAAAAUGAACUAAUUCGAGGACUAGUAAUUUCAAUAAGAUAUCAAUUCAGCUUCAAAUGGAAGUGAAUAAAUCUCAUAAAAAACCUUGGAAGAUGAUGUUGUUCCGAAGAAUCAUAAGAAAAAUUAGUAACUUGAAGUUAAAAAGAAUCUAUCUACAAAACAGGAAAGUCCAGAGAAAAGCUUGAAAGAGUAAUUAGAAAAUGUUUAAUAAAAGGGAAAAUAAAAAUUGAUUGAAUAAAUCAAUUCAGAUAUUCUUGAUUUCACUGAUAAUAUUAUGAGUGAAUAUGAAGAAAUGCUCCCAUUCAGAUUUUUGGCUUUUGAAAGAGUCAAAUCAGUAAUAUAGAAGGUGUUCUUGGGGAUUCCUGAUGGAAUGAUUAUGUAAAUAUUCUUCUUUAGAUCUAGGCUCUUUGGCUCUUGUGCAACAGGACUAGCCUUGAUAGAUUCCGAUAUUGACAUAGGUAUCAAUGGGUUGGAAGUGUAUAAUAGAAAUAUGCUAAAGAGUCAUUUUGAUAACUUGUAUUUUGAGUUCUCCAGAAAAAAAUGGGUAGUCAAAGCAAAGUACAUAUAUUAAAGUAAUUAUUAGUCCAAUAUUUAAUUCAUCCGUUCCAAUAAUUAAAUUAGAAAUAGAUCCAUAGAUAAACAUAUUUGAAUAUGAAGGAAGGAAUUUGGAUGAGUAAUAAAUUCAAUAGUGGAAAAAGCUAAAACAGAAGUUAAAGAGUGGAAUAAAGGUGGACAUCUCAUUUAACUUCAAUGGGAAUGGCACUUAUUCUUCUCAUCUAGGUUCGAUAACUACUAAUUUGGUUAAAAAAUGGAUGGAAGAAUAUCCAUCAUUACAAUAGAUAGUCCUGAUCUUAAAGUCAAUGAUUAAAAAGCUUAAGCUCUCAGAGUCAUAUACAGGUAACAAUCUCAUUUUAUUAUGUCUUAGGAGGUCUAUCCUCUUACUCAUUAAUAAUCAUGGUUUACUCUUAUAUGAGAGAAUAGAGAAUUGCUUCUAAUUUGAUUGGGGAGUAAUUUAUUGACAUGAUCAACUUUUAUAUAAACAAUUUUGAUUGCUCCUCUACUGGAAUAGGUCUAUUGGCAGACAUUAAUAAUCCCAAUUCUAGGUAUUUUAUGGUUAAUAUAUAUUUAGUUACUUUUUCAAUUUAUAAGACUAUUGCUUACCUAUGUUACCGAUCACAAUAUUUAAUCCUUACAACAGAAAGUUACUUACGCAUUCAUGUGUGCAAAUCAACAAGAUUUUCGAUUUCUUUAAAGUAAUUUUGAAGGAGUUGGAUGCAAAAAAAGAUUUCUAUUGUAAUUAUGUGGUGUUAGGGAAAAAGAAACAAUAAAAGCUAAAUAAAUCAUUAGAGAAUUUUAUAGUUAGCAUUUUAGAAUAAAUAAAAUGAGCUGAG